CUCUUUCUUGGUUGUUUAUUCUCCCAAACGACAAGAAACCGCCCCCUAAAAGGGUUCGAUCGUCAGCCAUCAAUGACCUUUUCUUGAAGAAUUUUCUAAUACCCACUUUCAACUUCCUCUUAAUUGCCCCAUUCAUCUUUCUUUCCACUUCGAGAUUCUCUCCGGUUGACACCGUUUCCUGUCGUAUCUCCCCAAUUUCACAGUACACAUAUCAUUGUUCAUAAUCGAAUUCUGCAUAAUCGAGUAUGUUUGGGCACAAGAAACCUCAUCUUCACAAAACUACUAAACAAAACACAGUUGACCCUCGAGUCCAAAGUCAACCUAGCCACAAUCCAUUUGAUUCCGAUGACGAGAUUGAUAAACAGUCAACCCGAAAACCGUCAAACGUAGCUUCAUCUAAACCUUCUUCAUUGACCCAAAAUUCAACCACCAGUCUUUUCGAUGAUAACGGGGUCAAUAAAGGGACCUCGUUUGCAUCAAGAAACAAAUACAAGAACGACUUUAUUGAUUCCGGCGGUAUAGAGAACCAAAGUGUGCAGGAAUUGGAGCAUUAUGCUGCAUAUAAGGCGGAAGAGACUACAAAGUCUGUGCAUAGUGCAUUAAAAAUUGCGGAGGAUAUCAGAGAAAGCGCUACGAACACGAUGAUAACCUUGCAUCAACAGGGUGAGCAGAUUAAUCGAACCCAUAUGGCUGCAGCUGACAUCGAGCAGGAUCUCAGUAAGGGUGAGAAGCUGUUGGGAAGUCUAGGGGGCAUUUUUUCUAGGACUUGGAAGCCUAAAAAGGGUCAGACAAUAAAAGGGCCUACGAGCAUCAGAGAUGACCCUGACCGAAGAAAGGGUAACCAUUUAGAGCAAAGAGAAAAACUUGGACUUACAACAUCCGCAAAUAAGGGACCAUCAUCGCGUUCAAGAACUCCACUUCCUGAAUCUGCAGAUGCUAUGCAGAAAGUUGAGUAUGAAAAGGCAAAGCAGGAUGACGGCCUUUCUGACUUGAGUGACAUAUUGGGGGAACUAAAGGAAAUGGCUGUUGACAUGGGUUCAGAGAUUGAGAGGCAAAACAAAGCUCUCAAUCCUCUUCAGGAUGAUGUUGAGGAGAUCAACUUCAGAGUGAAAGGCGCCAAUCAACGUACUCGCCGUCUGCUUGGAAAAUAGGUUGAAACGUCGUAUGGUGAUGUGGUUUCGUCAGUUAUUUUUUUAUGGAAAAACUUUCAUCCAUUUUCGACGGUUAAAUGAUAAUUGUGCCAUUGUCAAAACUUGCAAACAGCCAAUGUAUUUCGCCAUCCUUGAAACUUGUAACCGGUGCUACUAAUUGGAAUCUCCAAAGAGUGGUGGUGGUGGUAUAUGAAGUCAAUUACUUUUGAAUAUUUUCAAGAUCAUAUGUUUUUGUUAAAUACUGCUUUGAGAAUGGGUUGACUUUUCUGACUCAAGGAGUCAAGGGUAUAUGUUUCUUGAGUCCA